AUGUUAUACAAAAAGACGUUGUUCCUGUUUUUUAUAAUAUUGAAUAUAACAUGUAGUGUUAUUUGUCAGAGGAACUAUACAAAUGUUUAUUAUAUGAAAAACCAUGUGUUGGGCUUAAGUGAAGAGCUAAAGGUGGAUUCAGUGGAAGAGGACAAAUAUUUUUCUGGUGGAAAAGAUGUCAAACAUUGGUUAAAAUUACCCUCAGUUUCAGUACUCUAUCUGAUUGGGAUAAAACAAAAAGGUCUUAGCCUAAUAACGAUUACAAAAAAAAUCAGUACUCCUUUCUAUCAAGCUGUUGAAAAACAAAUAGAUGUUGGAGAUAACAUUACAUCGACUGUUGCCUUCAAAAGUUACAAUUAUGAACUGCAGAAAAUGGAAGAUCUGGUUAUUAUUUCAACAGAUUCAGAAAAAAAUGAAAUCAUCCUGUACAAAAUACAAAAUUAUAAAUUGGUGAAAUUUUGGGUUUGGAAACGAUAUGCUAAAGUACAGUCUCUCCUUCAGUUCACAGUUAUGAGAGAAGAUAGAUUGCUUCUUGUAGAUUCUGAUGGUAUUACUGGGUACCUUUAUAAGUUUAAUAUUGAUAAAAACUCUGUGCAUAUAAGAGAAUUAGAGGUCAUAAAUUUUUCAGAAAAGACAUCAAGAAUUUCAGUUUCCAUCUUGUUUCCUGAACCAUAUAUGUAUGCUGUACAGGAUGGAAAGCUAGCAAUAUAUCGAUAUAUACGUUUUUGCCCUGAAUCUUGGAUUGGGGAAUUCAUUAAACAGACCUCUUUUGAACACUUAGAAGUUACUGAUGCAUUACCCUUCCAUUCCAAUGGGAGAGAAUAUCUAGCGGUUGCGGGAAAGUUAGGAGGUAUCUUGAGAGUUGAUGCCUCAGACAAAUUCGUACAGGAAGUGCAAAUUGAUAAUGUGAUUGAAUGGCUUGUAAUCCAUAGUGGGCCUGAAAAAGAAAAUACACUUCUGUUUUGUAAAACAGAAGAAACUAUUUAUAUAUUUUAUAAUUCUGGUUUUGGUUGGAAGACUCAAGUGAAUCCAUCUUGUUACAAAUAUGAUGAACAGAAUAAGAGAAUAAUCACCAAGACUAAUCUUGGUUGCUUAAAAGAAAAAAAAUGGUCUGGAGCUGUUUCACUAGACUUUGGGCAACUUCCUACUUUGAUUUUUGGAGAACGAAAGUUUAUUGGAGAAAUGUAUCAUAUUAUGCUGAGUAUAAAGAGGCAUAUUCUGUCAAUGGAGGAGUUGAAUGACGACAAUAAAGAUUAUGGGAAUUAUCUUUCUAAAAUGAGAAGUAAUUUAAAAGAUUUGGUUGGAGUCAUCAAUAAAGAAGAUAAAAUUGAAAGUACCUGCAGCAUCGUCGGCAUGCUAACGGAAAUUGAAAAUAUUGCCGCUAAAGCUAAGGAAAAGGUUUCAAACAGUUGUCCUGCACAUUCAUCUAUUCCUACUCAACGUAUUGCUUCUUUGAAUGAAGUUGAUAAAAAUGUUACAAUAAAAGAAGUUCAAGAAAAAAAAACUGAACAUAUACCAAGUUAUGAAGUAGAUGACAGUGAGGACAUAAAUCAUCUCAACUCAAAACUGUUAAAACCACCUAUGCAUCUGAUUUCUCCUGAUAUGGAAGUCAGAGCACCUCGUUUUCAGGAUCUUGGAGUGGACAUAUCCAUGACAGGAUUCAGUAAGAAACAAGAAAAUAUUAUAUGA